AAAUAACGGAAAUGAACAUCUUAGGAAAGGUGGUAUUUCUUUGCUUGGUUUCUGUGAACGUAUGUUUCCUGACAGAAGCUUCAUCAGGACAACGGAAGCAAUAUGCCAUGUACGUCUGGCGGAAUGGAUUUGAUCCUAACAUACCCGGAUGUGGGAAGUCUGAAUUUCUGACAUGGGAUAGCAAGCAUAGUCAUUGCUUCACUCAUACCUGGAAUACUGCAGGGAAAAGACAGUGGUUAUGGGCAACGUGUAACCUUCAAGGUCGGGAAGUCUCUAGCAUAUUUCUGGCGGACGUAUAUCACAAAUUAAAGACGGGUUACCAAGCCAACAGCUGCCAUAGCAGCAAUAUUAAUUUAUUAAGAACAACCUUGUUAGAGGGUCAUAGUCACGUGUCCAACUUGAAGAUUUACGCCUUAUUUGCCGCCAGUGAUGCUGACGUGUCUGAACGUCACAUGAUUCCAUAUGUUGUCUGGUAUAACGACCAUUGCACACAUACAAACUUGGAAAAGUUUGAUGGGGUUGCGGUCAACAACGAAGCAUACGCCUCCAUUAAAUGUUCCCAUGACAUUGACCAGAGGAGGACAUUCCUUGACCACCUCCAGGAAAUUCAUGACGAGGCACAGAAACAACAAGAUGGGAAUUUAUUGACUCAUUUCUCAGUAAGCUGGCACUGGGGACGUUGUGGAGGACACAGUCAACCUUUCCUCUGGCGCGGGAAAACAAUGGACGCCUCCCAUCACAUGAUUGACAUAUUCGACAGUAUCGAUGUUCAGGUUGGAUAUACAAUAUUUCCACAAAUCAGGGAUAGAAUGGAAAUGGCUGGUCGGAAUUAUUCAUCUACCCUGCGCAAAAACAUUUUUGUGACGUUUUAUACGGAUAAGACGGAGCCUUGCCAAAUCACCUUCUUUCCUCAAAAUUGUCACCUAAAUGGGAGAUCAGAAUCAAAUCUUUUCAGUAUAAUCGAUCAGUUUCCUCAAAAUGGACUUGGACAAGAACAGCCCUGCAUCCAUUACUUUCGAGGUGUUUAUUCCAGUGGGGGAAAUGAAGACUGGCCUGUCCAUUUAUGAACAUUUGGUAUUAAAGAUUUAAUACUUAGAAUACAUGCAUCAGCCUAAUUUAUUCGUCAGUUAAAUGUCUUAAAUACACAUUAUAUUUUGCAGUAAUGAUAAACAGUUGUUAUUUUCUGCCCCCUUCCCCUUUUCCCCGUCAAGGAAUAAGUAAAUCAUGCACUGACACAUGAACAGUGCUGAAAUUGUAAACAUACUUCUAGUUUACAUGGAAAUAAUGCUUAUUCUAUUAAUUUGAAUUUGUCUUUGCAUAUUUUUCCAUCAAAGUCUUGCUUUCUAUGUUUGUAGCAGGAGUUAUUUCUCUUUGUAUAACGUCGAAACACAUCAAAGGUUAUCGAUUCCUAUAGCAUGUAAAACAUUGCGAUUUCCGAUUUCUUUUCCUCGUGUACUGUUUAAUUUUCCUUAUUUAUUGCAGGUUUCACAAUUUGAAUUGCUUAAUUAUUUUGCUUUCUGUCAAUAUGUGGUAUAUAUUUUAUUCAAAU